AUGGCGUGGGAUCUGACAUCUCCCUCUUCUCCAUCCUGGGUCCUCGGUCCUUCCGUCAUUUUUAUCAUCUCUGCUGUAUGGAGAUGCAUCCGCCUGCGGCGCGAGCCGAUUAAAGUCAUCCCCAAUUAUAGGGGGCUCUGGAAGGUGCUGCUUGCCUUUGUAUUUGCUGGACUCCACCUUCGAGUUUUGAUCUCGGUCAUUGCUGCACACAAUCCCAUCGCCAUCGCCGCCUCCGCAGUUGCGUUUACGGCCUCGCUUUUCGUCCCCCUCCUGUCAUUUAUCGAACAUGGCCGCUCCGUGAGCCCAUCCGCAACUCUCAACAUCUAUCUCUUGGUGGCACUGGCUCUGGGUCUUAUCCGCCUGGCUUGGAUCCAUGUCGUUCUCCAUGAUGUCUCUUCGCCGUGGAAUGUUGCCAUCCCGGCGGUGGCAUUCGCACUUCUGAUCUUGGAGGCCCACGACAAACGAUCUCUUUUGCGUGAACCAUGGCAGAAUGUGUCGCUGGAGGAGACCACCAGCGUCCUGAGCAAGGCAUUCCUCUGGUGGAUACUUCCACUGCUUCGAAAGGGAAAUCAACAGAUACUCAUCCUCGAUGAUCUCUUUUCGAUGCAUAGUGAGCUGUCUUCUCAGUCGCUGCGCGAUCGGAUGCUGAGAUUCUGGGGCAAACGAUCAACCCCCGAGGGUAGAUAUAGUCUCCUUGCCGCAACGAUCAAAUGCACCUUUUGGCAGAAUGCCAAAGUCCUCCCAAGUCUGUCUCUACUGCUCAUCUUUCAAUACGCGCAACCCCUGUUCAUCAGUCGCAUGAUUGCCUUUGUGACGGCCCCUUUGUCGAGCGAGGAACAGCGUGCAGAAGCUAUAAAACUCGUCAUUGCCGUGAUUGGCAUCUUUGUUGGCCAGGCUAUCUGCAAUGCUCUUACUGAAAUAGCCAUGACUAAAGCCUCCCUGGCAGUCAAAGGGUCUGUGAUCGGCAUCAUUCAUGACAGAGCGCUGACAGUGGGUAACAACGCCCAAGGCUCUGCAGUGACACUCAUUGGCAAUGAUGUUUUGGACAUUGCGCAAUCUGCCCAAUCCUUCUAUCAAGUGUUACUGGCCGCUCUUCAACUGGUCGUGGGGGUUUAUCUGUUGGCCUCCAAGCUAGGCUGGACCUGUCUUGUCCCUUUUGCGCUAGUCUUUGUAUCUUCAAAGGGCAGUAAGCAUGUCGCAGCCAACGUGGGCCCCAGUCAAAACUCAUGGAGCCUUGCAACCGAGGCGCGGGUCUCCUUAAUGACAGCCAUUCUUGAAAAGAUGAAAAUCAUUAAAAUGAUGGGUCUGUCCGAGCAUAUGGCCGCUAAGAUCAACACCGCUCGGGGAAGCGAGAUGAAAUCAAACAUCAGACUUAACUCCAUGAUAACUCUGCUGACCUUUGUUUCCGGGAUGGUCAAGAAUUUGGCCCCUGUCCUGACCCUCGUGAUAUUUGCCAUACAAGCCAAGCUCCGGGGCCAAGAUGGGCUCGACACCAACACGGCUUUUACUUCAAUUGCCAUCAUCACAUAUGUUACUCAGCCAAUAAAUACUGUGCUCCUACAGAUCCCUUUCCUAUUGUCAGCGCUUACAGGCUUUGAUCGGGUUCAGAAUUAUUUGCUGAACCCUUCACACCAGGACCGACGAUUGUUGAUUGAAGCCCAGGUCCCGAAGUCUGAUGGAGAUCGUGAGGAGAGCCGGGUCCAAAACCGAUCUCUUGCAAUCGAAAUUCAAGAAGCAACCAUCCGUCCUGCACCGGAUGCUGAGCCAGUACUGGAGGGUCUUAAUGUAUCAAUCCACCAGGGGUCCCUCGUUUUCUGUGCCGGCGCCGUGGGCACUGGUAAAACCACACUCGCCAAAGCCAUUCUUGGGGAGAUCUCUCCGGAUCGCGGUACCGUUUCCGUCUCUUCUGCAUCCAUUGGGUACUGUGCGCAGUCGGCCUGGCUUAUGAAUGGCACAAUCCAGCAGCUGAUUUGCGGCCCACCUGGCUCAGGAGAUGUCGAUCAGCAGUGGUAUCAAAGGGUGGUUUAUGCGUGUGAUCUGAAGAAUGAUAUUCAAAGAAUGCCGCAGGGCGAUCAAACGGUGAUAGGUAGUGGUGGAAUUAUCCUGUCUGGUGGCCAGCGCCAACGCGUCGCUCUGGCUCGCGCGGUAUAUUCGAAACUGAAUAUCAUGGUUCUUGAUGAUGUACUUAGUGCGCUAGAUGCGCAGACAGAGACGCAUAUUGUUGACCGGCUUCUGGGAGAAAAUGGGCUUCUUCGCAGUAUUGGGGUCACAGUAUUUCUGAUUACCCAUACGACUCAACAUUUCCCGUUGGCCGAUUACAUUCUGGUUCUAGGAGAGGACAGGCGGGUCUCUGAACAGGGAACGUGGGAGCAACUUCGAGCCCAAAGCGGCUAUAUCAGCAAGCUACUCCUCCAUGAACCUGACCGAUCCCAGCAGAAGAUUGCCGAUGAGAACGACAACAGCGAAGUCAAGUCUUCUGCUCCAGAAAGGCCGGAGCGGUCAAUGGAUCUAGUGCGACAGAAAGGAGAUCCUUCGCUUUAUUCGUACUACUUCGACUCCAUGGGUAAGCUCAAUGCGGUGAUCAUGAUGUCCGGAAUGGCUGCCAUGGCUCUCUUUAGCAUGGCGACACAAUACUGGCUCAAGUGGUGGACGGAUGCAGACGGCCAUGAUCAGUGGUUCUAUAUGACUGUCUACAUUUUGCUUGCCAUGGCCACUUGGGUCACGAACAUUGGCUGGGUCUACAUGUUCCUGGUGGUCCUCGCCCCCAAAUCCAGCAUUGUGCUUCAUCAGCGUCUUUUGCGUACCGUUAUUAGUGCGCCUUUAUCCUUUUUCACCACCACGGAUAUGGGCACCACUUUGACACGGUUCAGUCAAGAUCUUAAACAGGUUGAUCGGAUGCUCCCUGGAGCUGUCGCAGGCACGGGUCUUAAUGGAUUCAGACUCAUUGGGCAGCUGCUUCUACUAGUUGUCGCCCAGAGAUACAUGGGCCUCACCUUUCCCUUUCUGUUGCUCGCUCUUUACGGCAUCCAGACAUUCUAUCUUCACACGACUCGGCAACUCCGUUGGCUGGACAUGGAGUCGGCCUCGCUGGUCAGCAACAACUUCCUGGAUACGAUUGAGGGAUUGACGACGAUCCGGGCAUUUGGCUGGGAGCAUGCCUUUGCUACGGACAAUAGCAGAAGCGUUGACACUUCGCAAAAGCCAGAGUAUAAUCUCCAGUAUCUUCAGGCGUGGUUGCACCUCGCCAUGGACCUCACCAUCGCUGGGUUGGCCUUAUCCCUGGUUCUCUUUACCAUACCAUACAGGGAGUAUUUCAGUGGCGGUGAAAUUGGAAUCGCCUUGAACGUGCUUCUGACUGCAAGUAUUACGCUUUUGGUUACGCUGGAGUCGUGGACUCGGCUUGAAGCGUCACUGGGGGUGAUAUCUCGCAUUCGAAGUUUCGAACAGGGGGUUGCUCCGGAAAGCAAGCCAGGCGAGGACCAGCAGCCUCCAACAGCCUGGCCUGACAAAGGCACCGUGCAGAUCACAGAGAUUGUAGCAAGUUACAGUUCUGAAUCUACUGCUCUCAAUCAAAUUUCGUUGGAUAUCGCGCCUGGCGAAAAGAUCGGCAUCUGUGGUCGAACAGGAAGUGGAAAAUCUUCUUUGCUUCUCAGCGUCCUCCGUCUCAUUGAGCUGUCUUCCGGAACCAUCACGAUCGACGAUCUAGAUCUUCAAAUGCUCCCACGCGAGGCGAUCCGAUCCCGCAUUAUCACCAUUCCACAAGACCCUUUGCUGAUGAAAUUCGACACGCUGCGCGAGAACUUAGAUCCGACGGGCACGAUCAGCGACGAGAAGAUUAUCGCCACCUUGGAGAAGGUCAAGCUAUGGAGUAUCUUUACCUCCCGAACCUCUAGCACCGAAUCGGAUGAACCUACACCAUCCUUGGAGAACCCUGACAAACCUGAAACCUGUCUCGAUGCUCUGUUGAAGGACUAUCCUCUUUCUGUCGGACAGCAACAGCUAUUUUCGCUCGCGCGUGCCAUGCUCAUGCGGUCCACCCGGGGGAAACUUGUGAUCCUCGACGAAGCGACGAGUAAUAUUGACAAGGAGACCGAUGGCCUGAUUCAAGAGCUUCUACGGGUGGAGUUCCAGGGGUAUAGCGUCUUGACGGUGGCGCAUCGGUUGGAUACCAUCCUGGACUCUGAUAAGAUUGUGGUCUUGGAUCAGGGGAAGAUUGUAGAAGUGGGUCCACCGCAGGAAUUGCUGCAGAAGGACCAGGGUGCGUUUAAGGGUUUGCUUGGGAAGUAG